AUGCUAAAAUUUUCUAGGCUUUCAAGGUUGCUAUAUGGUGCUCGUGCCUUUUCUGAAGAAGCAAAGUAAAUUCUAUUCAGGCCUCCCGAAACUACAAAUUUUAUCGAAUCAACUCUUCCAUCAAAAGCUAAAAAAGAAAUCUUAGUCACAAGACCAGAAAAAGGAGCAUUAUGGGCUCAAGGCCAAGUUGUUCUCAGGUACCAAAGAGUGAAAUUUCGAUCUGACAAAUUUCCAAGCUUAAAAAGAAUCCAGAGAUUUUUAGAAUACGAGCAGGCCACAGAUAUUGAUGUGAUUGAUAUAAGAAAAUACACUAACAAUACUCCUUUUACCACAGUCAUGAUUUGUACUGGGUAUUCUCCAAGACAUAUUUCAAGAAUUGCUUAUAGCCUUGUCAGAGCAUUACGAGAAGCUAAUGUUCCUGACUGCCAAUAUUUCCGAGUUAGUGGAGUUAGGGAUUCAGGAUGACUUAUGGUACUCCUUAAAGAUGUUUAUUUGCAUGUGUUCACAGAAGAAACAAGGAAGGAAAUGGAUUUGCCAGGAGUCUACGGAUAUAAGAUGACAGAUGAAGAGGUUGAAAUGUUUAGAAUGCAAGGUUUUGAGAUGUAUCAAAAAAAUAGAAGGAGAAGAUAA